GGGGGGGGGGGGGGGGGGGGGGGGGGCGGUCUGGCGCGUGGCCGCAUCCGCGGCAGAGGGGCCGGCGUUGGUGGCACGGGCACGUCCGGUGGCGUCGCGGCGCUUGUUCUCGCAGGAGACAGAGUCGUGGCCAGAUUCGAGGCAUCGGCGACAGCGGAUGUCGUUGGUGCAGUCUCUGACCCGGUGGCGAUGGUCGAGGCAGCGGAAGCAGAGCCCCGCGACCUCCUCCGGCGACGGGCUGCGCCGUCGCAGCGGCGGAGGGCUUGGCCCGGCCGAGGAUGUUGUUGUUGUUGUUGUUGUUGAUUUCUUUAGUUUAAUUCAUUGUUCUUCUUUUAGUCAUAUUGUUCUUUUAUUUGUCGUUUCUUCAGUCUAUAGCAACCAAAAACCAAAAGCCCUCUAUAUUCUGAUGGCAAAGCUGAUGUAUGUAUCCCACGGGGCAUCACAUAAAUUACCAUUCAAGGUAGGUUCCAGUCUGCAGAUCGCGAGGGACGGUAUGGCUGGAAUACGCUUGGUAACAGGGAGCAUUACCACUGCUGCGUACAAGACCUCUAAGGAAGACCAUCUCGUCAAUAAGCUACGAGAACAAGGGCCAUUAGUUGGAGAUGCAACCAUUGGAAACCAGACCGAUGAUGCUACUUCGGCAAAUGAGACUGGGAACAGGCUCGCUGGAUGUUGGCGCCAAAGAAGCCAAAAGAGAUGGGUCGCCCAACAACUAGCCAAGAGAAGGCGCCGUACGAGGGGCUCAGCAAACGGACAAGCUUCUGCACGAUAUGUUGCCAGCAGGGGCACAAGAGGACAACCUGAUAUCCCCAAGCCAGUUUGUAAACCAGUGCGGCACAAAAACUGCGGCGUUGAAGGUCACAAAUGAAACAACUGCCGCAAAGUAGGUGAUCUGCGGCUAAACAACAUGUGAUGUGCAACGAUAGUGAUUUGUGUUGCUAAUGUAUGUGUUUGUAUGUCGUUUUCAGGCGUAUCGUCUGUCUUUGUAUACAGAGUGGUGUACAUAUGGUUGUUGAUCUGUCUUGGUGCUUCUGUGAAGUGCAUUUCCCAUUGCCAACAUGGUUUCUGUUGGCUGAAUUUUUUACUGAGACAAUCUGGUUAUCUUUGGCUGCUGGAUGGGCAAUUGUGCUAAA